AGAGGGGGUACUUCUGUCGUACUGAUGGAGGCAGUUGUGGGGAGACAGGGCUGCAGCACCAAGAGUAUAAACUGAAAGUGAAACGCAACAGGGCCAGGAAGCACUCCUUCCGCCUGGGCUCCAGCGGAACAGCGCAGCACCCAGGACCAGGUACCGAGAAAAACCCAGCUGGGGACAGGAGAGCCGGCUGACCCUGUCUUCCACUGAGGCCUGAACAAUGGCAUCCGGGCAAGGCCCAGGCCCACCCAGCGAGGGGUGCGAUGAGCCUUCACAGCCCCACAAUUCCGAGCAGCAGGUAGCACAGGACUCAGAGGAGGUUUUCCGCAGCUAUGUGUUUUACCGGCACCAGCAGGAGCAGGAGACCGAGGGGGCAGCUGCCCCUGUUGACCCCGAAAUGGCCUCCUGGUACCCAGCACCUAACAGCAUGACGGCGCAGGUGGGGCGACAGCUUGCCUUCAUCGGGGACGACAUCCACCAGCGCUAUGAUGCGGACUUCCAGAGCAUUCUGGAGAAGCUGCAGCCCACAGCGGAGAAUGCCUACGAGCUGUUCAUCAAGAUAGCCUCGAGCCUGUUUGAGAGCGGCAUCAACUGGGGCCGAGUGGUGGCCCUCCUGAGUUUCGGCUACCGCCUGGCCCAACACAUCUACCAGCGCGGCCUGACAGGCUUUCUGGGCCAGGUGACCAGCUUUGUGGUCCGCAUCAUCCUGGACCGCCACAUCGCCCAGUGGAUCGCGCAACGGGGCGGCUGGGUGGCAGCCCUGAGCUUGGGCAACGACACGUUCCGGUAUAUGGUGGUGGCCCUGGCUGUGGUUUUAUUCUGCAAGUUCGUGGUACGGAGAUUUUUCCAGUCAUGACUCCCAGCGGGGACCCUCUGGGGUCCUGGCUGACACCCCCGCCUGGAUUGAAAUCAAGUUUCCUCCCCUUCCCCUUCAGGGGUCCCUCCUCCAGUACAGAAGCUUUAGCAGGUGGGCACUCCAGCAUCAGAGGGCCCUGCCAGGGGCCAGUCCAGCUGCAGAGGUGCCCCAACACUGCAUGGUGCUAAUGGGCCUGUCAGAGAGGGGCUAGAGCCUUCUCCCCCAGCCCGCUGGAACCCCUUAGCCCUGUCUGGAGGGCAACAGGGCAAGAGGCUGGUAAACCACUUUAAUGGUUUUUAGCUUUUUAUAAUACUCUAGAGAGAGCCCUCCCCGAGCCCACCACUCUGCCCUAGGUCAGGACAUCCCGGGCAGAGCGGUCAGUGGUUCUCCCCCAUGUCCCCAGGAUCCAGCUCUCCUGGAAGGGUGGGUUCUGAGAGCUGGGGUCCCAGCUGCUCACCCAGCUCUCCGCCCUGUUCCCACCCCACAGUGCUGGACUCUCAGGGAAUCUGAGCUUGGGGAGUGGGAGGUGUCAGUGCACCCCGGUGCUGUCUGAAGGAAUCCACUGGGUCCCACACCUGCCGCAGGGGUCUCAGCUCUUUCCUUUUCUGGAUCACCCCUCUCUCUCAAGCCAAACCAUCAUUCACUGCCCAUGAAGGGCCUGCUCCACUGUCCCGGGGACAGGACACUGCUGAUCCGUACUGCUUGGGCCAGGGCUUGUUUUGUCAGUACAGGGAAGUGGGGUACAAGGUUUAUCUGGAGAGGGACCCUGAACAUCAGACAGAACCCCAGAGGUGGGAUCCAAGCACCGUGUCAUCGCUGGGUGUGGACAGGGGAACUGUGAAUACUUGAACUCUACCCCCGACCCCAGUCCUCACCUGCAUAGGCCACUCCUGGAGGUGGGGGUGAGGGGAGAAGGGGUCUUGAAGCCAAAAAGCAGGGAAGGGGAUGCAGCCUGCCUGUUACUCUCUGCCCCUCUGUUCGAAAUAAAUUGUGCAUUUCCGCCCCCCCAAA